UCGCUCGCUCCCAGCCCGCUCCCGCUCGCUCCCUGCCCACUCCCGGGGGGACGUUCCGCGCCGCGGCCCCGCGGCCGCCGCUUCUUUCACACUUUAGUUGGGAGCUGCGCGCCGCGCUCAGUUACUGGAGAGCUGGCCGCGCGCCGUCGCCUCCCGCACGCACGCACGCGGCCCGGGCUCCGGGGUUCUCGGCGUCUACUCGGAGCGGCGGGGAGGAGGGGGACACCCGGACUCACUGUGGGGAGGCGAAGGAAGAGGAGAGGAGGGAGGAAGAGAAAAGGCGAGGAGGAAAGGGGCGGGGGGCGGGAGGCUUGCCACCUUCAGCCCCCCCGCGAGCGCCCAAGGUGCACACAUCCUGACCAACUCAGCAGGAAGGUGGAUUUUCUUUGUGUUUAAAGAAAAAAAAUGUCCCCGUGUCUGUAGAGAUGAUUUGCAGUUCAGCCCGGCUGAAGCUGACCGAAUGAGACUAUGGGCUGUGCCUCUGCCAAGCAUGUUGCCACUGUUCAAAAUGAAGAGGAAGCCCAGAAAGGGAAGAACUACCAGAACGGAGAUGUGUUUGGCGACGAGUAUAGGAUCAAACCGGUGGAAGAGGUCAAGUACAUGAAAAAUGGGGCAGAAGAGGAGCAGAAAAUAGCAGCCAGGAACCAAGAAAACUUGGAAAAAAGUGCCAGUUCAAACGUAAGACUUAAAACUAAUAAAGAGAUUCCAGGAUUAGUUCAUCAACCCAGAGCAAACAUGCACAUCUCUGAAAGCCAACAAGAAUUCUUCAGAAUGCUGGACGAGAAAAUUGAAAAGGGUCGAGAUUACUGUUCCGAAGAAGAGGAUAUCACAUAGCACCCAUCCUACCACUGAAACCAGGAGCUACUACUGUGUAAAUAGGUUACACCCCAGUUGAAAUUCUUGCAAAGGUCGGUUCUCUUCAGCGAACAGCACUAUAGCAAAAAGAAGAUCGUUCCAUAUCGUAUGCCCCAUUAAAUUACAGUGUUUCUUAAUGAACUUGCAAAGGAAUAUUGCUAAAAACAAAUACACACACACACACACACAAACUGUUCUAGAACUUUCUUUGUUGCUGCUAGUUAAAACUUGUUGCAACUUCUCACUUCUCUUGUGUCCAGGUAUGCAGCAAAAUUCUGCAUUUUCAUCUUAAAGAUCUUGUUGGUUUUCCAGAUGCUCUCCAAACGAUUUUCUAUAUAAGAUGAGGUAGUGGUGAACUCAGACAUCCAACUUCUGUUGUAGAACUGUUCUGCUUCUAAGACAAGCAUCUCCUUCCCUCUCUCCUCCCUCUCUGCCUCUCCCAAGCGGUCCAGAGCCUUGCUUCCCACUGCCAAUGCUGCGCUUUGGAGACGGGAUGGUUGCUGUGGCAAGCCUGGUUUCUCUGCUAAGAAGAGGUAGAGAAGCCAUUACCCAUAAAGAGCCUGUGGGGACGGGACUGCCGGAGUGACGUAGGCGCGAGCGACAGGUGGUUUCCUUGACGAGGUGUCUUCUUCGAGGAUUAAGCUUGCAACAUUAGCUUUGCUCAGAUGCAGUUGGAAGUGUGAUCACAAUCAUUUUGAAUCCCUCUUCCCCACUUUUUUUUCUAAGAAAAUAAACAUUUUACUGUUUUUAUGUA